AUGGUUACAGCAAUCGGAUUCCUCUCCCUCCUCUGGUCCUUCAGCGAAAGCGACAUCCCAACCUUCGUCCUCCCCAACACAGCCUUCGGCCUCCUCGCAACCCUCGCCGCCCCAUCCCUAACCUCCUGCCCACCCCCACCCCUCUGGUCCCUCCUACGCAGCAUCCCACGCAUGCUCCUCUUCAACUGGUCCAACGUCUUCAUCUUCGAACUAGCAAACCAGCGCCUCCCGGAGUCCGUGAGGGAAGAUAGCGCAAAUAAGCCGUGGCGCCCGCUGCCGCAGGGGCAAAUCACACAGACCCAGACAAGACGGCUUAUGCUGGUUUCUAUCCCCGUUGUGCUGGGCCUGAGUGCGGUUCUAGGCGUGGGGACUGAAAGCGCCCUUAUCUUGCUCCUGGCGUGGAUGUAUAAUGAUCUCGGGGGCGGGGAUGAGGUCAGCAGGGACGUGAUUAUUGCGGUCGCGUAUGAUGUUUUCCUUGUUGCUUCGUUGCGGAUUGGGGUGGGGACUGCUCCUCCCAGUCCUUUCUCUACUGCGGCAGUCGGGCAGGUGGGCAUUUCAGCCACGGGAUAUACCUGGCUCGCGAUAAUCGGGUGUGUGAUUGCGACGACGAUGCAGGUCCAGGAUUUGAAAGACCAGGUCGGCGACCGGCUACGCGGGAGGAAGACAUGGCCGAUUGUGCUUGGGGACGGCGUUUCGCGGAAAUGGAUUGCAGCCUGUGUGCCGGUUUGGAGUGUUGUCUGUGUGGUGUUUUGGGAGACUCCGGUUUGGGUCUCGGUGUUUCCGGUUCUGCUGGGGCUGUGGGUUUGUGCGUGUGUUUUGUUGAAGAAUGGCGAUGCAGGGGCUUGGAGGUGGUGGUGUGUUUGGCAGGUGGCGCUUUAUGCGCUGCCGAUAUAUCAUGCUCUUUAG